AUGGAUGGGCUUUACUUCUCCAGAGAGGCAGACGGGCUGGCAACGAUCAAUGACACCCUCAGCAGGGAGAGCUGGGGGGAGGAAGUCAACUCAGAGCUGUCCCUUCGGGUGGUGACAGGUGUCCUCCUCUUCCUCCUUAUCCUGUCCACCCUCUUGGGCAACACCCUGGUGUGCGCGGCUGUGGUCAAGUUCAGACACCUGCGUUCCAAGGUCACCAACUUCUUUGUCAUCUCGUUGGCUGUCUCCGACCUCUUUGUGGCUGUGCUAGUGAUGCCCUGGAAGGCAGUUACCGAGGUGGCUGGCUUUUGGCCCUUUGGGGGCUUCUGUGACAUCUGGGUGGCCUUUGACAUUAUGUGCUCCACUGCUUCCAUCCUCAACCUGUGCGUCAUCAGUGUGGACCGCUACUGGGCCAUCUCCAGUCCCUUCCGCUAUGAAAGGAAGAUGACUCGGCGCGUGGCUUUUGUCAUGAUCGGGGUGGCAUGGCUGCUCUCCAUCUUGAUCUCCUUCAUCCCUGUGCAGCUGCAGUGGCACAAAGCCAGCGAGCUCCUUCCACCCCAAGAGUUGAGCUUCAACAUCAGCCAGGAGGAGAACUGCGACUCCAGCCUCAGCCGGACCUAUGCCAUCUCUUCCUCCCUCAUCAGCUUCUACAUCCCGGUUGCCAUCAUGAUUGUGACGUAUACACGGAUCUUCCGCAUCGCCCAGCACCAGAUUCGCCGCAUCUCCUCCCUAGAAAGGGCAGUGGAGCAUGCCCAAAAUUGCCACAGCAGUGACUGUUCGCAUGAGGCCUCCUUGAAGAACUCUUUCAGAAAGGAGACCAAAGUCCUCAAGACCCUCUCCAUCAUUAUGGGUGUCUUUGUCUUCUGCUGGCUGCCCUUCUUUGUGCUCAACUGCAUGGUGCCUUUCUGCGACUUCAGUCGGCAUGAACCUGGUGAGCUGCCUUGUGUUAGUGAGACAGUCUUCAACAUCUUCAUCUGGUUUGGCUGGGCCAACUCCUCCCUCAACCCCAUCAUCUAUGCUUUCAAUGCUGACUUCAGGAAAGCCUUUGCCACCAUCCUAGGCUGCAAUCGCCUCUGCCCCAGCAAUGCAGUGGAGACAGUGAACUUCAGCAAUGAGCUGGUCUCCUACCACCAUGACACCACCUACCAGAAAGAGGUGGUGACCCUCAGCUACCCGCACAUCCUCCCCCAUGCUGCCAUGCAGGCAGAAGACCAUGAGGUGACUUUCGACAAGGUGUCUCAAAUUUCCCAGACUUCGCACAACAACCAUCCCGGUCCUGUCUUACCUGCUGUGGUCCACGUGGAGUGUGAGGUGGCUGUAUCACUGGAAAAGAUCACGCCAUUCACCCCCAGUGUCAUGGGUUGAAAAGGGACUGGGGGCAGGGAGCAUGGGGAGGG